AUGAAAGCUAUCCAGGAUAUUAUUGACUUAUAUCUAGAACAUCAUAUCCUGGUGCCCACUGAGUCGCCCUGGAAUACCCCCAUACUACCAAUUCCGAAGGGGGAUGGUCGUUUUAGCCCUGUUCAGGAUUUGAGGCCUGUAAACCUAGCCACUAUAACAAUCCAUCCAGUAGUUCCCAAUCCCUAUGUCAUAUUAGGACUUAUCCCUCGAGAGGCCCAGUGGUUUUCUGUUAUAGAUUUGAAGGAUGCUUUCUUCACCAUCCCCAUACACAAGAAAAGCCAGCAUUUAUUUGCUUUUGAGUGGGAAAACCCUAACACUGGUAGGAAGCAGCAAUAUACCUGGACCAGGCUGCCUCAAGGAUUUAAGAAUUCACCCACACUUUUCGGUGCAGCUCUGGCCAGGGAUCUGGAGGCUUUACACAUACCAGCCCCAGAUGAGGUUUUACAAUAUGUGGAUGAUUUAUUGGUGACAGGAUACACUGAGGACGCGUGUUGGCAAAAUACUGCUGAUUUACUUUCACUUUUGCAAGAUUUAGGUUAUAAGGCCUCUAGAAAGAAAGCACAAUUAGUUCAGCAAAAGGUCAGGUACCUGGGCUAUGACAUUGAGCAAGGGAAGAGGACGUUGGGCCACGAGCGGAAGGAGGCCAUAUGUCAACUUCCUGUUCCAACUAACAGGAGAGAAUUACGGGGGUUUCUGGGUGCGGCUGGUUUCUGCCGCAUCUGGAUUCCCAACUUUAGCCUAAUUGCAAGACCUCUGUAUGAAGCUACGAAAGGGGCAGAAAGGGCCCCACUCCUUUGGAGCAAAGAGGAAGAGGCUAGUUUUCAAUCCCUUAAACAAGCCCUCCUUCAAGCUCCCAGUUUAGGUCUCCCGGAUUUGGAGACACCGUUUCAGCUGUUUGUUGACACUAAGCGAAAUGUUGCAAUAGGCGUCCUCACCCAGAUGAUGGGGACAUGGCAUCGGCCGGUAGCAUAUCUCUCCAAGCAACUAGAUAAUGUAGUCAAGGGGUGGCCAGCCUGCCUUAAAGCAGUGGCUGGCACAGCAAUCUUGACUCAGGAAGCAAAUAAGCUAACCUUUGGACAACAAUUGCAUAUAUACACACCGCAUGCCCUUAAGUCAGUUUUAGAGAUGAAAGGCCACCUGUGGUUGACUAACCCUCGGAUGCUUAAGUACCAAGGCCUUUUGACUCAUAAUCCUAUGAUUACCCUCUCCCAGUCUACUACAUUAAAUCCAGCCACAUUAUUACCUGAGCCUGGAACAGAAAUAGAACACAAUUGUGUCCAGACUAUUGAAGAAACCUAUGCUAGUCGUCCUGACAUGAAGGAUGUUCCCCUUCCUUCCCCAGAUUAUACUCUGUUUACUGAUGGCACCAGCUACAUACAAGAGGGAGUGAGAAAAGCGGGAUAUGCGGUGGUCACAUUGGAUGAGGUCUGGGAAGCAAAGCCACUCCCUCCAGGAACUAGUGCCCAAUUAGCCGAAUUGCAUGCCCUCACUCGGGCUCUAGAGCUGGCACAGGGACUGGCAGUGAACAUAUACACGGAUUCCAAAUACGCUUUCCUCACAGUCCAGGUCCAUGGGGCUCUGUAUAAAGAGAGGGGACUAAUAACUGCAGGGGGAAGAGAAAUAAAGUACGGCCCCCAGAUAUUGCGCCUCCUAGACAGUGUGUGGGCUUCCAGUAAAGUAGCAGUCAUGCACUGCCGAGGCCACCAGAAGGUGGUGACAGAUAUACAAAGGGGGAAUGAGAGAGCUGACAAAUUUGCACGUGAAGCAGCCCUACUAGACUUCACCCCCCUUGAAAGGCACCUUGCAAUAUGGGUGCCCGAUGCUCAACCCCAACCCCAUUACUCGGAGGAGGAUAGGGACCGGCUAAAGGCACUAGAGGCCCACCAAGAAGGUGAAGAGGAACUGCCCUCCCCUAGUGGUGACACUCCGGAAGCUGUCCCUCUACCUACGGGAGAUGAAGAGGAACUGCCCUCCCCUAGUGGUGACACUCCGGAAGCUGUCCCUCUACCUACGGGAGUCGAAGACCACCAGAUCCCCACUACUUCUAGUUUGGAGGGUCUUCCCUGGCGGCUUAGGGUACCCCGUACCCUGAACUCCCUCCAUGAAGAUCAGAAGUGUGACACCCAUGUGGAAU